AUGAAGAAGUUCCUCUCGUUGCUUCUCCUCUGUCAUGUGGCAUCUCCAGUUAAACACUCCUUCAAGAUUUUUACAACUGCAUCUUCUGGAUUCCAAAAUGUUCCAGAGUUUGUGGGUGUUGCAAUGGUUGAUGAACUUGUGUUGGGUUACUGCAACAUGGAUAAGAAGAUAGCAGAACCAAAACAUGACUGGGCGAGAAAAGUAUUAGAAAGUGAUCCUGAGCAGUUGGCGUGGUUCACUGCAGCAUGUCUUGAGGAGGGGGCUCACUUUUUCAAAGCCUCGAUUGACCAUUUGAAGCAGCGCUUCAACCAAAGUGGAGGUGAUCACAUUUUACAGAGGAUGAGUGGCUGUGAGUGGGAUGAUGAGACCGGAGAAGUUAAUGGUUUUAAUCAGUAUGGUUAUAACGGAGAAGACUUUUUAUCAUUCGACCUGAAGACACUGACAUGGAUCGCUCCACAACCACAGGCUGUCAUCACCAAACAGAGAUGGGACGCUGACAAAGUUAGAUUGAAAUACAAUGAGAAUAUCCUCACUCAGAUUUUUCCUGAUUGGCUGAAGAUGUAUGUGGACUAUGGCAAAAGCUCUCUGCUGAGAAAAGACCUUCCCUCAGUGUCUCUCCUCCAGAAGACUCCCUCCUCUCCAGUCAGCUGCCACGCUACAGGUUUCUACCCUGAGGCAGCCAUGAUCUUCUGGAGGAAAGAUGGAGAGGAGCUUCAUGAGGACGUGGAGCUCGGAGAGAUCCUCCCCAACCACGAUGGAUCCUUCCAGAUGAGUGUUGACCUGGACCUCUCAUCAGUCAAACCUGAAGACUGGACCAGGUACGAGUGUGUGUUUCAUCUCUCUGGUGUGAAGGACGACAUCGUCACCAGACUGGACAAAGCAGUGAUCAGGACCAACAGAGUGAAGACCAGAGACCUGAUCACGUCCAUCACUGCUGCAGCUGUUGUUCUUGUUCUCUUCUUCAUCACAGCCACUGGAUUUAUCAUUUACAAAAGGAAGAAAGCCAAAUGCCCUCUAUCUGCUCCUGACAGCAGCUCUGAACUCUCUGAGAAGCUGAAUCCAAGUGUGUCUGACCAACUGGUGAAACAGUGAAACUUUGACACUCGUCACAUUAUAUAUCUUUACAGAAGCAAAAGAGACUGAAAAGUGGUUUCCUGCAACAAUGAAGCCGCUAUAUUACUAUACUUUAGUAUCAUAGGUAUAAUUUGUGCUUGAUAUUUCAAAGUUGAAUUGUUUUAUUUCUCAUCACAAAUGUAUAAUUUACCAUAUAAAUCUGAUUUAGUUUGAUUAUUUAAAAUGAACUUCUAUUCUGUUUUUUAAAAUUUGAUACAAAAAUGUGUUUCCUGCCCAAGUUUCCUGAUUCACAUUCACUUUUUAAAAAUACUUUUUAUAACUUCAAAUGUGCAUUGUAUACUAUUAAUGAAUAAAAUUACAAUGAAAAAGACACGGGCAUACCAAGUGUGUGGUGUUAAAGUUUCAGCUGUUCAGUGAUGUAUCCAGCUUCAUAUCUUUAUCCACAUUUAUAUUUUGUUUAGGAU